GAGCAGAAGGAGAUUUUGUUUGCGUUAUCGAUUGUUAUCUGCACAUUGCUCUUUAUUUUUUUGCCCGUGGGUGAGCGGAGACGGCAAAGUCCGUCAGCUUUGACUCCCAUCUAGAUGCGGGCGCUGAGAAACGUGGGAGGGAUGGGUGCCGGGAGCGCGGGACGAGCCGCCCUCUCCGCCACCUGUGCGGGGCCCGGCCGUGCGCGGCGGGCAGCGGGGCCCGGCUCCGGCUCCGCGCGGGGCGGGGCGGGCCCGGCCAAUGCGGCGCCGCCGCCAGCGCCCAAUGGCAGCGGCGCGGGCGGGCCGGGCCGGGCUGGAGCCGCCGCCGGCCGCGCCGGGAGAGCGCCCGUGGAGCAGCGCGCCCGCCGGUAGUUGAAAAAAAAGUGCAGAGGAGUUGUUUCCCUCCAUUGGCUCAUCUUCACUGUACCUCUCCCAUUCUGCUUCCUCCUCCUGAUGAUCCCCAAGUGAAGAUGAGUGACCUGCUGCGAAUAUGACAUCUCUGACAAGUGUCAUUGCUUCCCACCAGUCUGAGUGGGUGUCCUUCACUGACGAGCUGCUCCUCCCUGUUCACCCACGAGGAAGCACUGAGGCUCCUCCGGUGAAAUGUUUUAAUUCCUCAGACACAUCCUCAGAAGAGAAUCACAAUGCAAAUGGAGAAUUUCAAGACCUUUUCUGCACAGAGCUGGAAGAGGCAGCUGAGCAGCCCAAGCUGGAUUCUGCUGUGCUUGGUAACCAUGAUCUCUCAUCAUCCAUCAGUUCUUGGGUUCAGUUUGAAGAUGCACCGUGGACCAGUGCUCCAUCAACCCACCCACAAACAGUGUCUGCAUCAAAAGCACCCAGCUGGACUUCCCCCUCUUCCAACUCUUCUGAGAGGCAAGCCCGUGCCUCAGAGAGCAGCUGGACAACCAACUCAGAGGACACCAGCAGCCCAAGCAUUGCUCCCUCCUACACAGAUCUGCAGUCACUCAAUACCGAGGACUUGACCAGUGGUAGAACAUCUGCAGCAGAUUCAGCUGACAAUUCCUCAUCUCUCCAGGAAGAUGAAGAGAUAGAUAUGGAGGCUGUCAACUGGCAGCUGAACAACACCUCCAUGAAUGGCCAUUCAUCUACCCCAACCACAGUUCGCUUUCCCAGCUGGGUGACUUUUGAUGACAAUGAAGUCAGUUUUUCACCACAGAGCCUUUCUCCCUUGAAAACAGAUACCCCACCUGCAGAAACACAGACUCCAGAUGUUAACUUUAAUCUCACUACAUCCUUAAAGAAAAGAGAACGUCCUAAAAGCACACUGGGAGACCUCUCCAAAAUUCAAAAAUUAGAUCUUUCCUCUUUAACCAAGUUGCCUUCUGUUGAAACACCACCAUGGAGUGCUACCAAUCCCUUUCUGGAUGAAUCUCUUCGAGAUGUCCAACCCUCACCCAUCAAUCCAUUCAGUUCAUUCUUUGAGGAGCGAGAGAGGCGUUCCAAAAGCUCUUCUGUCUCCAGCGCUCCAGGCAAAAGCCAAAGAGACUCUCUCAUUAUUCUCCAUCAAGAGCCUGAUACCAUCAAUUUCCAUGAGGGAAACAAAACUGUAACCCACACAGAUGCUGUAGAGCAGCUCAAACAGCUCCAGAUUGGAGACCCAGAUCGUGUGAGCGGUCCUACCUUGCCUGAUGAUGACCCCAUGAUGCCAUAUGAUCUGGAGGCAGCUUUUUUUAACCUGGCACCAGCUCAGCCAAAGGAUGGAUGGCCAAUGAUGCUGAGGAUCCCAGAGAAGAAGAACAUUAUGUCAUCCAGGCACUGGGGACCAAUAUAUGUCAAGCUGACCAACAGUGGAUGUAUACAACUUUUUUAUGAGAAGGGACUGGAGAAGCCUUUUCGGGAACUCAAACUUGAAAUCAAUCAUGAGAUUUCAGAGCGCAAACUGCAGAACUACGAUGAGAAUGGAAGGAUACACAGCGUGCGAUUGGAUCGCACAACAUACAAGGAGAAAAAGAAGUAUCAGCCUAAGCCAGCCAUUGCACACACUGCAGAGAGAGAGCAAAUUAUCAAACUUGGGACUACAGAUUAUGAAGACUUCCUUAGCUUCAUCACUGCUGUGCAAGACACACUGAUGAACUUGCCAGCUUCAUCAACGGAUCUGAGCACAGUAGGACUGAAUUAUCAGGAAGAAGAAAUCACUGUGGAUGUCAGGGAUGAGUUUCAUGGCAUCUUGGCCAAGGGAGAUAGUGUGAUUCUCCAGCACAGUGUGCUGACUCAUAUCUAUGUUCUCAGCUUCCUUUCUGGCCUGGCAGAAUGCAGACUGGGCCUUAAUGAUAUCCUGAUCAAAGGGAAUGAAAUAGUUGCUAGGCAGGAUAUUAUGCCUACUACUACCACUAAGUGGAUUAAAUUAUACAGCUGCCGGUUCCAUUCAUGUGUGGAUGAGGAUAUGUUUAAUAACUCCCGUAUUAUCCUGUUCAACCCCCUGGAUGCCUGUCGGUUUGAACUGAUGAGAUUCAGGACUGUCUUUGCUGAGAAAAGUUUGCCUUUCACUCUGAGGACAGCUGCCAGCAUCAAUGGUGCUGAGGUGGAGGUGCAGAGCUGGCUGAUGAUGUCCACAGGGUUCUCUUCCAAUCAUGACCCUUUAACUCAGGUCCCUUGUGAAAACGUCAUGAUCCGUUACCCCGUGCCAAGUGAGUGGGUGAAGAACUUCCGCAGGGAGAGUGUCCUGGGGGAGAAAUCUUUGAAAGCCAAGGUGAACAAGGGAGCCACUUUUGGAUCAACCAGUGUGUCUGGUUCUGAGCCAGUAAUGAGAGUAACUUUGGGAACUGCCAAAUACGAGCAUGCCUUUAAUUCCAUCGUAUGGAGGAUAAACCGACUGCCUGACAAAAACUCAGCUUCUGGCCAUCCUCACUGCUUUUUCUGUCACCUGGAGCUUGGCUCUGACCGGGAAGUGCCUUCCAGUUUCGUCCGCUAUGUAGAUGUGGAAUUUGACAUGCCCACCACUUCUGCAUCCAAAGCCACUGUUCGGUCCAUCUCUGUUGAGGACAAGACCGAUGUGAGGAAGUGGGUCAACUAUUCAGCACACUACAGUUACAAGGUCGAAAUAGAGCAGAAAAAAAGCUUGAAUGAGGAUCUGAAGGGAGAAAGUACUGCAAAUGUCAAUGAAUGUGCUACACAGUAAAAGAAGAUCAGUCCGCAAGUCCCAAGAGGGGUGGUCAGAUGAACAGACCUGGAAGAAAGGACUUGCAGGGGUUGGGUAUUUUUCUUUUAAAAAACAAGAGACUACUACUUUUAAAAUAACACUUUGAGGAGUAUAAUUUUUUUUCUUUGUGAUGAUCUGUACUUUGAGAAAAAUGUGGUCAGUAGUUUGGAAGGAAUCCACGGGCUUUUGCUGGAAUGGUAGAAGUACAGUUGUACAGUCAAGCCUGCCUUUUCUGCCUUUUCACCAUUUAGGUUCUGCACUCAAGUAUGGUCUGGCAACCAUCGCAGCCACACCAGAAAACAGCCUUUAUCACAUGAUCUUGCCCUCCCACGUGAAGCAUUUUGUUUCAAUGCCUUUUAGUUUGGCCACUCACUGAACUGCUUCCUUCUGAACUGCCAAAUAAAAUUCAGGGAGGAUCAAGUGAAAAUUAUAUAAAAUCUCCUUUCUGAAAUGGUCCACAGAGGGAAAACCCUGAGCAUCAUUCUGGAGAAUCAAGACACUGUAUGACACACUCCUCAUCUGAAAUAAAGAGAAUGGUCUCUGUGUUUUAGUAGAUGAACUACAGACAGGAAUGCUGAUCACAGAGCUGUUCCUCUGUUCAGCCCUUCCUGUCUCAUCCCUUGAAUGACAGCAUGUCACUGUGCACGUUUUCACAGGGUUUGCACAAGUUACAAGAAAGCCUUUGCAAUUUCUUAAAAUUUUUAUUUUGUAGUCUGAGCCAUUCUGGUAUUUGGACUGAACAUGGUCAUGGCUGCUAGCAACAAGGAAUGUGUGUUACAAUAAUGGAGAUACUGGAGGGACUUCGCUGAGAUUAGAUCAUUCCUGCCUAGAAAGAUACUUAAGGGAAAAACAUGGGGUUUAGUUUUGGGUUUGGGAUUUUUUUGUAUGUUUGCUAGGAUGGGUAAAAUGGGUAGUCAUUAAAAAUGUCAGAACACAAUUACUUUAACAGACAAUGUUGUUUGUUUUCCUGAAAAUCCUUGGAAGUCUGUCCAACACAAUAGUAUUUUCAUGUUCUAUCUUGAACCUACAAUGUAAGUUGUAGUAACAACAAAAAGUACAAAGUAACUUGUAUCUUUAUAAUUAUGUUUAUAAUACUCCCAUUAACUGGGCCCCAGCUUCUCUUUCCAAAAAUUAACAAGCUUCUAUCAUUGAGAUUUUUCAUCUCCACUUAGCUGUAAAUAAUAGCAAGUCUUAAAACCUCGUUCUAAAUAAAAAUGCAGAAGACAUAAAUCAGUCAUUUACACAUAUUUUCAGAGAAAACAGUGUUAAAAGUACCCAUUUUUAGUUGUUUCUAUGGCUUGUGUAAUAUUUUGUCUCGUAAUGUUAAAUGUAAAGUAAGUAAUUUAUUAAAUCAUUUAUCUUUUGAAAGGUUACUACUGACUAUAAAAUACACAUUUGGAAAACUUUUGGCAAUGUAAUUUAAAAUCAUAAUGAAUUAAAUGAAAGAUUUUUUAUAAAUUUAUUUCAUUUUACAUUUAGUACAAAAAAAAUAAUACACUCUUGAUUUACCACUUUCACUGUGACUCCUAUAAAAAUUAAUACAGUGUUAAAAUCCCAAAUAAACCAUGAAAUUAAUUUCAAUGAGUCUGAAACUGGUAGUGGUAGAAUUUGAAAUAAAUUGUAGGGAACUUAAAAAGGCCUUUUUUAUAUGCACCUAUAUUUCAAGCCUGCAUCACUCUAGUGAUACAUACUUACACAGGUACAGCACUGUAAAUAUGUAAAGGCUCAGUCUUCUAGGGUUUACUAACAAGCCUGUAACACUCCAUUGCAGGUAGCCCUCCUGGGCCCAGGGUGCUCCUUGGAGCACACCAGUUAAUACUAAGCAUUUGCAACGUCUGUCUGUAAAUGGGAGAAUGCUAUUAACUUCUGUGAAGAAUUUUGAGCUCAGUGGAUUAAAAUUUCUGAUAGUAUUAAUGAUAACUUGUAUAGGUUGUGAAAUAUCUGAGAGCACAGGGCUGAAUUUGUGACUGAUUCUCAGCUCUGGCACAGCCUGGCUGUGAUAAGUUGUAUGGCAACUCCUCUACAAAAUUCACUCCUGUUCAAAGGCAGUCAAAGAAUUUCUGUGUGGACUUCCUACUUUUCACUGCAUCUCUUAAUGUACAGUUUCUGAAUCCCAUCAUCAAGAAAUAAAAAAAAAAACCAAAAAACAAGCUGAAGCAGUGCUGAGAUGUUACUGAGAAAAUGUGGGAAUAUUUUUUUGAAAGAAAUGGAGAUUUUCUACUUUGACCUGCAGGCUCGGUGUCUGAUUUUUUUGCCUAUUGCCCCUCAGCUCAUGGAAACACAAAGUAAUACAAGUUAGCAAAGUUAUGUUGUACACCUUAAGAGGGGAGAAAAUAAAAGGAAUGUAAUUUUCCAUCACUGUUGAAUUGUUAAACUAUUCAGCCUCUAUCAUAUUUGUACCACAGAACAUUCUAUGUUCCAGUAACUGAAAGAUAAACAUAUUGGAGUUUUACAGAUAUACUUAAUUUCUUUACCACUUCAUCACUGACUUUUUUUUUAAAUUCAGAAUCAAUGAAUGAAAAACCUGAUUGUCAUCUUUGUUUUGCAGUUGUACAUAGAAGUAUUUCUUCCAGGCAUCAUGAAUUUAUGCAGGCAAAACUUGAAGUUUUCUGGUUUAUAUGAAAGCUAUUUUAAUCCAUUCUCAUCUCUGGAGAGUGUUUUUAGAUGUACCUGCCACUGAAUUUUCAAGACUUUAGGAUGAAUACCUCAGCCAGAGUCUCAAAAGAUCUUAUUUUCUAAGGACUGGAGUAAGUAGUUCGAUUUUUCAAAAGAGUGCUAAUAACCAAUAUCUUUAGAAAAUCUAUUGUUGGUGUCACCAAGUGUCGCAACUGAAUUUUUUUUUUUCAGUCCAGCACCAUUACGAGCAUUGAGAAUUUAAACACAUUGGCAUCCCAAGUGCCCUUAGUGAGGUUUCCACAGUUUUUUAUUGAUUAAAUAGUGCCAAUUUUUCAGUGUUACACACUAUCAUAUAUGUACUUUAUGUACAUAUACUCUUCACCCAUGUGACUGUAGUAGAAAUUUGAAAAGACUCUUUGGUGUGAAGGGAAAAGAUCCGAGAAGCUUGUGAGUUUGAAAGUAGCAGAAAUUAUAUAGAUACAAGCAGUGCCUGUAGUGGGGAGGAUUUUUUUUAACUUUUUUUUUUUUAAACCAUGUGGAAAAAUCUCUCUGACUAGUUUCAGAUUACUACUUCUUUUGAGAAAGAUGCAAUCACUGUCCUUUGGUAUAUUUCAAAGCUUUGUAGUACUCAAACACUCCAUGCAGGAAAUGUGCCUUCAAGGUAAGCAUACGUUUACUCCCUGAAGCGAUUCUCACUUUCAGUCCUCUUUCUAUUUCUCAUUAUGGUUUUAAUAUUUUUACUGUGGUGAGACUUGAGGUUGGAAUUCGCGUGGAAUUUUGCCUAGAAACAUAAAGUGUCUUUGAUCAAAAGGGGUAAAGAUGAACAGUAUCUCCAGGCAGCUGAGCUUAUUUUAGUUAAUGUCUCUUACAUCUGUUAACUAUGGACACUCUGCUAGAAAAGGAAAAUGGGUGAAUUCAGCUGAGAAAUAGUAAAACUGACUGAUGUUAUUUUUGUUCUUGCUUUUAUUUAGAUUUAAAUUUAGUCAUCCUAUGAAGGAGUCAGAUAUAGCAGUAUCAUUAUAAACACUGCAGAAAUAAUUUUCAUUCUCUGGUGGGUUGCUGGCUGACAGUUACUUGAUAGGAUGUCCAACACCUGUCCACAUUAUUUAGCAGCUGCUAAAACUCCCUCUUGAACAGAUCCCUCUCAGGAUAGAGAGCAAUUGUACAUGAAAGAGCAUGAAAGCAAGUGGAAAAGGUGUACAAAGUUCAGCCUGGAGGUGCUUGCUGUUUUGCUUGCAUAAAAUUCUCAGUAAUUUCCUUGGCCUUUCAGUACACUAAUCAAGUCCAUGACAAGUCACUUAUGUUCCAGGUGGUGAAAAAUUUCUUUCAGGGACUCUUAGCAGUUUGUGUGCAUAGCUGUAUUAAUCUCUAGAACUGACCAGCACAAGAAUUUGCAGCACACAGAGAUCACUUAUAGAUGAAGUACUUAGCCUCUUCUGCUACUAAAGUUAAAUCUAAUCAGGACAUGUCUAAGAUACAAAAUUUUGUGCUAACAUGCACAGCUGUUCCUAAUGUUCCUGUUUUUGUUCAGUCAGCCAGCCACCCCUCACACAUUCAACCAUCCAUCCUCCCAUCCAUCCCACCCUCCCUCCCUCUCUCUCUUUCAUACUUGCAAUUCAUUCUUUGCACUAUUGACAUUGAUUUGUUUAAUUAUUGUUUUGUAACAUGUUCCUACCUUCUUAUUUUGUAAAAUAAGUAAGUCUAUACACUGGCUAACUUCAUAGAAGUGAUUUUUUUUUUUCUUUAUAUCAGUUGAAAUGGGAUGUCACGUUUUGUUUAAACUCGUGAAAACUUAAAUAAAUGUUAAGAUCA